CCUUUUUAUAAGACUGAAGUCUGUCCCCUCCACCCGACCUGUUAAAACCACGCCUACGAAGCCACACAAUUGGUCCGAAAGCGUCAAAGAGCCAAUCAACAGAGCCCAGCUUCUCGUAACAUGCAACAAAUCCAUAUAGUGUCAAGCCUAUGGGGCACAGAAGCGCUAGUAAUAUCUUCGUGCUGGGACCUUACCACCUCUCUGCCGUCAACGGACUCCUUUCUCCGCAUACGUUUUUACUGAAAUGUGUGUGUGCGUGAAAGAGAGAGGCAGAAAUAGUGUGCGUGCGUGUGAGGCUGCAUGUCUGGAACAAGUAAAGACAGAGGAAUUGUUCCGCGCUAUCGAAAUAUUUCAACACAUCGCUUUUGCAGCAGGACUAAAGACAAUGAGAGCGAAUUCGUUUUAAAAAGGAUGUCGAUAUUGUAAACAACAUCAAGAAAAUAACGCAACAGUCAAUUAAAACGCAGUGACUCACCCUCGUUGCUUCAAUUCGAAGAUUGUUCGCAAGACAACGCAUAGAAAAGUGUUCUCGGAAGAAAAUCUUUAUCUCAUCACAACUGAAGAUUAAUGGAGUGCGUUUUUUCAUUUCUCAUUGCAGACACUCUGUUGGAACUCAGCGAAGGACACUAAAGAACAUUCACACCACCCAGCCGAAAAUAAGUGGAUGCUUAUUUCUGUAGUUGUGACGGUGGAUUUCUCAAGACUUUCAAACAAGUUUUGCUCGUCAAGAAGGCUACAUAGACUGACUAUAGUAUUAAACUUAAUAAAUCCAUAUAUUUGGUACCUGCCUGGACUUGGAUGAGCUUCCUGAUGAGAGAUCCAGUCAUACAAGGAACGAGUAUGGCAUACCAUCCGUUUUUACCUCACCGGGGUCCGGAAUUUGCCAUGAGUGCAAUGUUGGGUCACCAGCCUCCCUUUUUUCCGGCCCUGGCGCUACCUCAUAAUGGCUCUCUCGGCUCCCUCUCUCUCCCGGGCGCCCUGGGAAAGCCUAUCAUGGACCAGCUGAUGGGUGCCGCCGAGUCCGGCCUCCACUUCUCAUCGCUUGGGCACCAGGCAGCCGCAGCCCAUCUGAGGCCUCUGAAGACUCUGGAGCCUGAAGAAGAGGUCGAAGACGACCCGAAAGUUCACCUGGAAGCGAAGGAACUUUGGGAAACUUUCCACAAGCGAGGCACUGAAAUGGUUAUCACGAAAUCCGGAAGGCGAAUGUUCCCUCCGUUCAAAGUGAGAUGCACUGGCUUGGACAAGAAAGCAAAGUACAUUCUGUUGAUGGAUAUAGUUGCAGCCGAUGACUGCAGGUAUAAAUUUCACAACUCGCGUUGGAUGGUGGCAGGGAAGGCCGACCCCGAAAUGCCAAAGAGGAUGUACAUUCACCCGGACAGUCCGGCUACUGGCGAGCAGUGGAUGUCAAAAGUCGUCAAUUUUCACAAACUCAAGCUAACGAAUAACAUCUCCGACAAGCAUGGAUUUGUAAGUUCAUCUAAUAAUUCUUUACUGUUCCAGACCAUCCUGAACUCCAUGCACAAAUAUCAGCCCAGAUUUCACAUCGUGAGAGCCAACGACAUUCUCAAACUCCCCUAUAGCACGUUCAGGACUUACGUUUUUCCUGAAACGGAUUUCAUUGCAGUAACGGCCUAUCAAAAUGACAAGAUUACACAAUUGAAAAUUGACCAUAAUCCUUUUGCCAAAGGAUUCCGUGACACUGGCAAUGGAAGACGAGAGAAAAGGAAACAGCUGGCCCUGCAGUCAAUUCGCUCAUACGAGGAGCAUCAGAAAAAAGAGAACGGGACGUCUGACGACUCCUCUGGCGAGCAGGCCUCAUUCAAGUGUUUCGGCCAGGCCUCGUCUCCCGCGGUGUCUACGGCGGGGCCUCCCAACCUGAAAGACUUUUGCGAGAGUGACGAAGACAGCGACGAUGAGAGCAAAGAUGGCAACCUAAAAGAUGGGCUGGACAGUAAGAUCUCAACCACCACGGAGGAUGUGAAGGAUCUUGAGGCGAGCCCGACUAAAGGCCAUCAAUUCGGUGCCAAUGAUUCUACCGGCCGGUCUCGGGAAAACGCCCGGAGGACUGAGAAAAGCCAGGCGGACUCACGACAGAGCCCCAUCACCGUUAUUUCCAGCACCACUCGGUCCGGAGAAGACAUCAAGAGUCCAAACGGGGACCAGCCCAAAGUGGACGAGUGCAGGUCUAUAAGCAAGGAGAGCUACAUGCCUUUGACUAUUCAAACUGACAGCAGUCCGCACUUAAGCCAGAGUCACAUGCAUCAUUUUGGAUUUCCACCGGGUUUGGCGGGACAGCAGUUUUUCAAUCACUUAGGCGGCGCGCAUCCCUUUCUUUUGCACCCCAGUCAGUUUAACAUGGGAGGCGCGUUCUCGAAUAUGGCCGCGGGCAUGGGCCCCUUACUGGCAGCGGUGUCCUCCGGAGGGGUUAGCACCAUGGACACGGCCAGUAUGGCGUCACCCUCGCAAAGCCUGACGGGAGCUCAUGGACUGCCUUUUCAUCUGCAGCAACAUGUCUUGGCAUCACAGGGCCUGGCCAUGUCUCCAUUUGGGAGCCUGUUCCCUUACCCUUACACGUACAUGGCAGCGGCAGCGGCAGCCUCUUCCGCAGCCUCCUCCUCUGUUCACCGACACCCUUUCCUGAACGCAGUGCGCCCUCGCCUCAGGUACAGCCCUUACUCCAUCCCUAUGAGCGUUCCGGAUAGCACUCUGCUCACCACCGCCAUCCCCUCCAUGGCAAGCAGCGCCACCGAUCUGAAAGGGGACGGCAUGGCCAUGAGCCCAGUCUCGGCCACCCAGGACUCCACCUCGGAGGUCACCAGCCGGUCGUCCACCAUAUCGUCCGGCUCGGUCUCCCUGUCCCCAAAAACUUGCUCUGGGAAAGAUUCCACUAACGACUUGCAGAGCAUUCAGCGCUUGGUCAGCGGACUCGAUCAAAAACAGGACAGAACACAAAGCGUGUCCCCUUAGAUUUUAAUGUUGUUGUUUUUGUUGUUGUUGUGAUAAUAACGAUGAUAAGGAUGACAAGGACGAGUAUGACGACACCCUUCUAGCGGGUCUGGGUUUAGAAAACGGACCUAUUGAACAGUUUAGAUUUUGAAAUGCACUUUGGUUAUAUAGCCUACACAUCUAAUGUAUGCUAUAUUUCUUUUUUGUUAAAUUAAACAACACUUUUGAAUUUGUCCUGUUAUUUGAAUACCAUACAAGUAUUGAAACUGAAAGGUUGGCAUGGAUGAUACUCACAGAUCUUUGAUAAGUUGCUGCUGUGUCCUAUAAGUUUAUUUUAUGUCGGGUUACUGAGUUAACAACAUUUGUUUGAUUUAAUAUGCACUCUGAAUUGGUUAUAAUUAUUUGAAUUCAUUUCCUUUUAUAUUAUAGACUGUUGUGUUUGAGGUAUUACUGCAUAUCCAUUUGAAGCCUAUCAUUAUGCUCAUAGGGUAGGUGACACUUUGCAUGCCCUACAAAAAAAUACAUGUCUCUUUUACGACUGUUUUUUUUGGGGGGGGGUAAUUUUCACCAAAUUGAAAUGAGACGAGUAAGGAUAAAAACAUGAUUCAGGCUGAUCUUAAAACCAAUCUGAAAAAAAAGAUUAAACCCCUUCCCUCCCCUUUUGCUAAGGAUUCAAUAAAUUGGCCGUCGGUUAUUGAUUUUACGAACGAAUUUUUCUGUAUGUCAAUUUAUAAACACAGGAUCAUGGAAAUACAUACACUGGCACUUGUUUGAAGUAGGCCAAAACAGAACCGAGGUUAUACACUUCAUGUGCGAGUGGUUGAGACUGUCCUAAAAUCGCAUGCCGAAUCCAGCAUAAGUAUUCAACUGGCAAAGGAAAUCUGAAAUAACAUUGAAAAGGUGAUAUUGAUUAUAAAUGUAAAUAGUGAUAUAUACAAAUAUUUAUGUAAUUAUUUCAUAUUGAUAUUGCGUGUAAAUAGAACAGAGUAGUUUGUUUUUGGGGAUCUGUCGUUAAUUUAUUGUUGAUAUACACGUGUAAAGAUAGUUUGUGGGAUAUUAUCCUUGUUUUGCCAUCUGCAUUUUAUAUCCCCUGAAUAUGGAUUUACCUGUACCCCAAAUAUCCACAGAGCUAGUUAUUUUAGCGGACACACUCAUGUGCCAUUUUACCUAUACCUGUUGUCUGGGUGUGUUAAGUGCUACUGUUCAGACGAAUUCAAAAAGAGCACACUGCACCAACUGCUUGAAAAAAUUAUGAAUAAUUUUCUCUCAAAAGAAAAGAAACGUGUGUCAAAAUAAUUUUCUGUUUAAAACAUUGCCGCCUGAUAGUAAAAGUGCAGAAUCUUAUUGAAAUAUGAAGGUUUAUUUUGUGUUUCUAAAGUUGUCAUUGGGUUAUGUUGUAUUCGAUUUUUGUGUAGUUUACAACAUCAACAAUGUGUUCUUGAAAGUUUCAAUAAAAUAUUGAAAUGCAGUCUU